AUGUCGUCGCUAGAACAGAGGUUGUCGCGAAUCGAAGAGAAACUAAAGCAGGAAAACGAAGAGGCUCGGCGGAGUAUGGACCUCAAGAUCGACGUGAGCCCCCAUAGAUCCCACGCAAGACCAAUCAUCGUGAUCCAGCUCAGUCCUGCUCCAGCUCCUUCCCAGCGUGCAGCCCUCCAGUUGCCCCUGGCCAACGACGCAGGAAGCCGCUCAUCAUCUUCAGAGAGCUCGCCUCAGCACCAUCCUUGCCGUCCCAGACACAUGCUCAACCUCCCCACCCCACAGUACGGCCUACAGAAGAGUUUAGAGAAUGCCGAGAUUGACCAGAAAUUGCAGGAGAUCAUGAAGCAAACGGGUUAUCUUAAAAUUGACGGACAGAGGUAUCCAGCUGAGGUCACAGAUUUGUUUAAUGAGGGGGAGAUUGGCAGCGGGACCUGUGGGCAGGUUUUUAAAGUGCGAUUCCAGAAGACUGGUCACGUCAUCGCGGUUAAACAAAUGCGGCGGACGGGGAACAAGGACGAGAACAAGCGGAUCCUCAUGGACCUGGAUGUGGUGCUGAAAAGUCACGACUGCCCUUAUAUCAUCCAGUGCUACGGUGCCAUUGUUACCAAUACAGAUGUAUUUAUUGCCAUGGAACUGAUGGGAACUUGUGCUGAAAAGCUGAAGAAGAGAGUCCAAGGCCCCAUCCCAGAACAAAUCUUAGGAAAGAUGACUGUUGCCAUAGUGAAAGCCUUGCUGUAUCUGAAAGAGAAACACGGUGUCAUCCACCGAGAUGUGAAACCCUCCAACAUUCUUCUGGAUGCAAAAGGUCAGAUCAAACUGUGUGACUUUGGGAUCAGCGGACGUCUCGUCGACUCUAAAGCAAGGACCCGGAGCGCUGGCUGUGCUGCGUACAUGGCGCCCGAGAGAAUAGACCCUCCCGAUCCCACCAAACCCGACUACGACAUCCGAGCCGACGUGUGGAGCCUUGGCAUCUCACUGGUGGAGCUGGCCACAGGACAGUUUCCCUACAAGAACUGCAAUACAGACUUCGAGGUUCUGACCAAAGUGCUGCAGGAAGACCCUCCUCUGCUGCCACUCAGCAUGGGAUUCUCCCUCGACUUCCAGUCCUUUGUCAAAGAUUGCCUCACUAAGGAUCACAGAAAAAGGCCAAAAUACCACCAGUUGCUGGAGCACAGCUUCAUCCGACGUUACGAGGUGCUUGAGGUGGACGUGGCCGGUUGGUUCCAGACGGUGAUAGAUCGCACAGAGUCGCCUCGUAGCAGUCAGUGUUACAGCCAUCAGCACCAGCUCCACUCAUCGCUCUUGAGCAGGUAG